GUCCAGCCAGACGGAGCCACCUUGACGUAUAAUGAAUACAGCUGGAAUAAGCUCGCUCACAUCCUGUACCUGGAGUCCCCGGUUGGCGUCGGCUACUCCUACUCGGACACCCAAGAGUAUGGGACAAACGACACAGAGGUGGCCCGCGUCAACUACCUGGCCUUGAAGGAGUUCUUCCGCCUCUUUCCGGAGCACCUGCCCAAAGACCUUUACCUGUCCGGGGAAAGCUAUGGCGGGGUCUACAUCCCCACCUUGGCGCAGUGGGUCAUGCAGGACGCCAGCCUCAAGCUGAAGGGCCUCUCGGUGGGCAACGGGCUCUCCUGCUACGAGACCAACGACAACUCCCUGGUUUACUUCGCCUACUAUCACGGCCUGCUGGGCAAAAGGCUCUGGGACGACCUGCAGCGCUACUGCUGCUCCAAGGAGAAGUGCGACUUCCACAAAAGCACAAAUGUGAACUGCACGUCUGCGAUGGUCGAGGUGAUCCAGAUUGUGGACGAAUCGGGCCUCAACAUCUACAACCUCUAUGCCCCCUGCGCUGGGGGGGUGCCAGGAAAGUACAGUUACCUGGAGGAGACCAUCGUCACUCACGACCUGGGCAACAGGUUCAUCAGGCACCCGGCACGAAGCCUCUGGAGGCAG